AUGACUUGUUUCUAUGACAUUAAUUCUACUUCAGCUUUAGAAGCAGAACUGGCAAAAUUGAGACAUGAACUGAAGCUACUGGCUGGAAAGAAAGAGCAACUUACGCAAGCUUCAAUUCAGAAAUUAGAGAUACAAUUGGGACAUCUAGCUAAUGUGGUGAAUGAGAGGACUCAAACCGAAGCUAAUUCAAGAGGUAUGGAGCAUGCCAAGACAAUUAGAACACUUCAUAGCGGCAAAUCGGAUGGUAGAAAAGAUGAGGAUGUCAUUUUGGGGGAUGAGAGACUUAAAGAUACACCAGUUUUGCCUCUAUAUUCACAAGAGGAAAGUGACCAAUUAAUCCUCCUAUUCCAGAAGCAAAAGAAAGACAGACACAUGCUGGAUAUCAUGAAAUUGUUCAAGAAAGUUCACAUCAACAUUCCGCUAUUGGAUGUAAUUAAACAAGUUCCAUCAUAUGCCAAGUUCCUCAAGGAUAUAUGCACUAAUAAAAGGAAAUUUGCGGAGCAUGAGAGGGUGAUGCUAAAUGAAGAGUGCAGUGUUGUUCUACUCAAUAAAUUGCCACCAAAGUUGAAAGAUCUAGGGAGUUUUAAAAUCCCUUGUGUUAUUGACAAUUUACGAUUUCAAAAAGCUUUGAUUGAUUUGGGUGCUAGUGUUAAUUUAAUGUCUUUAUCUAUUUUUCAGCAAUUAAGUGUUGGAGAGAUGCAACCAACGUCAAUAAGCUUACAACUCGCGAAUCGGUCAGUCAAAUUUCCACUUGGAAUUAUUGAAGACGUGUUGGUAAAAGUGGAUUGUUUCGUACUUCCGACAGAUUUUAUUAUACUUGAUAUGGAAGAACGCCGAGAAGUUCCCAUCAUCAUGGGUCGUCCAUUCUUGGCAAAAGCUGGCACUAUUAUUGACGAGAAGAAGGGCUUGUUAACCAUGAAUGUUGAAGGAGAGUCGGCGGAGUUUCGAGUAUUCAAGGCCAUGAAGAGACCGACGAAUAUGGAAGAGUGUAACCGGCUGGACAUUAUUGAGCAGCCUGUACACACCAAUUUUGGUUCUCAAGUCAACAAUGAUGAGAUAAAAACCAGCCUAGAGCAUCCAGACUUAAUGUAA